CCCCCCCCCCGCCCAUGGAGUUCUGUGUCGAGUGCAACAACCUUCUGCACCCAAAGUGCUCGCAGGACAAUGACGGACAGUUUGUGCUCAACCUCGAGUGCAUGACCUGUGACUUUGUGGGCCCUGCUUCGUCCAUGAAGGUCUUCACCCGCAAGGUCGUCCGCCGCGCCGAGGAUACCGCAAGCCAGAUCACAGACGAGGUCAUCAGCGACCCGACCCUGCCGCGGUCGUUCCAGACAAAGUGCGCCUCGUGCGGCGGCGAGGAGGCUGUCUUCUUCCAGAGUCACAUCAAGACCGGCGAUACCAUGACGCUGUUCUUUGUCUGCUGCAACGAAGAGUGCAAGAACCGCUGGACCAUGUGAGUCUUACGCUGAAGAGGCCGUGCAAAAUCAAGCCCGAGAGGCGGGAGUGGACAAGAGUGGACGGGCACGGACGUGAGAGACAGUGUGUGUGUAAAAGAGUAGCACGGACAG